GAGGCGUAGAAUUGACAAGGCAGAGACUGGGAGAGAGAGGAGGGGAGAAGGGAGAAGGAGGUGACGGACCUGUUCCUCUGGGACUCGGCUACAGAUUCCUACUGCUAGGUGCUAUCGCCCGGCUCGGCGCACAAAACGCUCUUCAGCUGUAAAAUGCGCGAUUAGGCACCGAGCUUUGCCUUGAAGCUGUCACCGAGCUCCGAGAGGGUCUUCACGGUCGCGGCUCCGCUUGUAGGAAAUCUGGACUAAGUGAGAGAGGGGGGGGAAAGAAUCCUUCAUGGAGAUUCUGCGCAGCUUCGUUGAGCAAAUCGCCUGGAUUAUCUGAUUUGGGAAGGGAUUUGAACAUUUUAAAGUCGAAGACUGUGUUUCUCUGUUGUGCCAACGCCUGGCCAACACUAGACCACGACGUGUUUUGGUUUUUAGCUGGGACACUAGUUUUCGUUGCUCCGGUCAUGGCGGACCAAGAGGAGACUUUUGCCACUCCAAACUCUCCUGGUCGCUCGGAUUCAAGAGAAUUGCAGACCGAUAAUAAAUCAGAGAAACAGAACGGGGCAUCAAGCAAAUCCCCAUCAUCACAGACAACUUACAUUCAGCAGGGAAUGGAGGGAAUAAAAGUUUACCUGCACGAGAGGGAACUCUGGACAAAGUUUGACGAGGUGGGGACGGAGAUGAUCAUCACCAAAGCCGGAAGACGAAUGUUCCCCAGCUUCAAAGUCAAAGUCACGGGAUUAAACCCCAAAACUAAAUAUAUUCUCCUGAUGGAUGUUGUUCCUGCGGACGACCAUCGAUACAAAUUCGCCGAUAACAAAUGGUCCGUGACCGGGAAGGCGGAGCCCGCCAUGCCCGGCAGGCUCUACGUCCACCCGGACUCUCCCGCCACGGGGGCGCACUGGAUGAGGCAGCUCGUCUCGUUCCAGAAGCUGAAACUGACUAACAACCACCUGGACCCGUUCGGACACAUAAUCCUAAAUUCGAUGCACAAGUAUCAGCCGAGGAUCCACAUUGUGAAGGCGGAUGAAAAUAACGGCUUUGGCUCCAAAAACACGGCCUUCUGCACUCACGUCUUCCCCGAGACAGCCUUCAUUGCGGUUACGUCCUAUCAGAACCAUAAGAUAACCCAGCUGAAGAUUGAGAACAAUCCAUUUGCAAAAGGCUUUCGUGGAAGUGAUGACAUGGAGCUGCACCGAAUGUCCAGAAUGCAAAGUACCAAGGAGUAUCCAGUAGUGCCUCGCAGUACAGUGCGCCAGAGAGUGGGCUCCAGCCAGAGCCCGUUCAGUGGGGAGGUCCAGGGCAUGGCCACCCCGAGCACCCUGAGCUCCCAGUACUCCCAGUGUGAGAACAGCGUCACAAGCACCUCACAGGACAUGCUGCCUCAGUCGGGCUCCUACCCCCUGCCACAUGAGCACGGCCAGGAGUACCACUGCAUCAAGAGGAAAGUGGAGGAUGACUGUCACUCAGGUGAGCACAGCUAUAAGAAGGCCUAUCUGGAGAGCUCGUCCAGUGAGGAGGACCAUUACUAUCGUCCUGUUGGCUACGCCCAGAGCCUCGGCCUGGCCACCGGGCCCUACCGCAGCGAAUCCAAUCAGCGGCAGGCCUGUAUGUAUGCCAGCGCCACCCAGGGUGCUGAGCCAGUUCCUAGUUUGGAGGACAUCAGCUGCAACACUUGGGCUAGCGUUUCGCCCUAUGGGAGUUGCUCCGUCACCACCAUGCAACCAAUGGACAGGCUGCCCUACCAGCACUUCUCCGCUCACUUCACCUCAGGGUCGCUGGUGUCCAGACUUGGUGGGGUUGGGGGACACGCCUCUCCGCAGCUGGGCGAUGGUCACCACGCUGCCAUGUACCAGAGCUCUAUGACCCACCAGACUCUGGGCCGCCAGUGCAGUCCUGGGGCUGGAAUCCAGUCGCCAGCAGCUGGCCUACAGGGAAACGAUUACCUCUAUACACACGGCAUACCACGUACACUAUCGCCACACCAGUACCACACUGUACAUAGUGUCAGCAUCAUGCCAGAGUGGAACGAGAGCAGCUAAAAGAGCUUUAUUCCCGAUCAAGAGAUACAAAUAUUAAAAGGAAAAAAA